AUGUCUUCUGGCACAAUCGAGCUUUUUCCAGCGCCAUCCAACGCCGCCUCUAGUCUGACCCCGGCCUUUCUUCCGGGCCCUGAUGCGGACUCUACUCUAGCUUUGCAGAGCGUACUUCGUGAUAAUCACGACAAGUGGCAUAUUUUCUUCAACGACAAGAGGUUGCAUAAUCAUAUCACUCAUCAUGUAUUGGCUGUCUGGGCUCUCGGUGCCAGUAAAGAAAUAAUCGAGGCCGUAUAUCAUGAAGAUAUCCCCUGUCAAAAGCCCGCUAUCAAAUCUCCCGGCCCAAUAACAGCUGAAAAUUUCAACGCUCAUUUGGGAGACGAGAAAUAUUUUGACGCCUACAUGUCCUUCUUCAAGGAAAAAAUCGCCGAAAAAGGCACUGCUUCUGUGUUGGAAGCGUUCGUCUUCUCCGAGUCUGUAAACUCCGACGAGGCGAUGGACGGUAACCAGCAACCGGGCAUGCUCAACCGCCUACUGGGUGGUUUGGUUCAUCCUAUGAUACAUCUUGGGUACGGCCUUGAAUUCGGAUUGCCGGGAAUGGUAGUCGAAGGGAUGUCUCCAGCGACGGUCCACUAUGACAUCCUUCAAAACCUCCUGCCUUAUUCUGCUCUGGCUUCCGUUGCGGCGUCAGAUGCACUUGCGGAAAAGGCUACGAGCCUUGAAACGCCUCAUCAACCUAGUGGGAAGAAAGGAACUCAUGCUUUCGAUGUUCUAGCGCGUGUUGUGAAAGAUCAUACGCUCAGAAUACCUCCGAGUAACGACGAAAACGCGAUAGAAACGACAGUCCAAGCAAACGGAGAGGCGUUGUUCCGGUAUACGAAUCAGUGGACGUUAGAUCUAUCGGAUCCCAAAGAAAUAAACCGGAAAAUCGAGGAGUUGCAGUGGAUGAACACGAUCAUCUACGCAAUAGGCGGCUCUAGACCUGGAAAAAAGUUCUAUGCAGACUUCUUUCUUAUGCACCUAGUCACGUCGGCCUUAUUUUUACCAUCUUUGGUAACCUUCCUUUCCACCACGUCCCAGGCGCUGCUUCUCCGCGGCUAUAUGGCUGUGUCCUUCGCCUGGUGGAUUUCUCGCGGCCGUCCUGGCUUCGAUGUACCAAAAUUCUUCGAGGCAGAUGACGAGUCUGUAGUUUCUCACUCGUCUUCUGUGACGAAGGACUGGAAGUUGUCGUCCACACCCAAUCCGUGGUUUGGGAUAAUUCAGCAAGCCUUAUUCCACCGGGAUGACCAUCUGUGUAAGACACAGAGAGCCCUGGCAUAUUUUGCGGCUCUGUAUGGUACGCGUCCUGCGGGUCUCCCUGAUUUUUCGCAGACGGAGCUUCCGGGAGCUGAGAAACUUGAUGGUACACUCUUCCUUCGAGCUGCUCAGUUCACGACAAAGCAUUUUGUUGAACGUGAAGACGAGGACUUUGAAGUCGAUGAUCCUCUCUGGGAUUUUAGGCUCGUUUAG